AUGCAGCAGCAGAAGCCGGUCAUCAUUGUAGGCGGCGGGCUAGCGGGUCUAGUCGCUGCCUUUGAGCUGUCGCAGCGCAACGUGCCCACGCUUAUCGUCGACCAGGAAAAUGAAAAGAGUCUGGGCGGCCAGGCAUUUUGGUCGCUCGGCGGCAUCUUCAUGGUUGAUUCCAGCCAUCAGCGACGCAUGGGCAUCAAGGACUCGAGGGAGCUGGCGAUGCGCGACUGGUUCGGCACUGCGCGGUUCGACCGGGAGACGGAGGACUACUGGCCCCGCAAGUGGGCCGAGGCCUUCGUCAACUUUGCUACCGACGAGAUGGAGGACUAUGUCAAGGCUCGGGGUAUGGGGUUCUUACUUAAUGUGGGAUGGGCGGAGCGAGGCAAUGGUCUGGCAGACGGCCACGGAAAUAGCGUACCUCGCUUCCACCUAACCUGGGGCACUGGACCAGAGGUUGUGAGGGUUUUCCGCGAGCCUGUCCUCGAGGCUGCGAAAAAGGGAAUCGUCGAUUUCAAAUACCGCCAUAGGGUUGACGAACUCAUAGUCGACAGCACCGGCCGGGCAGUUGGCGUCAAGGGCCGAAUCCUGGAACCCGACGAAUCCGAGAGAGGCGUCAAGACAUCGCGCACUGAAGUGGGCGACUUCCAUUUUGAGGGAUCUGCCGUGGUCAUCUCUUCUGGUGGAAUUGGCGGCAACAUUGAAGCUGUGAAAGCAGCAUGGCCCGUCGAACGUUUGGGCGCACCUCCAAAGAAGUUUGUCAUUGGCGUGCCGGCUCACGUGGAUGGCCGGAUGAUAGGCAUUACAGAAAAGGCUGGUGCCCAUGUGAUCAACCGAGACCGCAUGUGGCAUUAUACUGAAGGUCUCAGCAACUGGGACCCAAUAUGGCCACUUCACGGCAUUCGAGUACUGCCAGCGCCAUCGUCGCUGUGGCUGGACGCCACAGGCAAGCGUCUUCCUCCAUUCCUCUUUCCAGGCACCGACACCCUCGCCACUCUUCAAUACAUUGGCAAGACAGGUUAUGACUAUACCUGGUUCAUUCUGGAUCAGACCAUUAUUGCGCGCGAGUUUGCAUUGUCAGGAUCGGAGCAGAACCCGGAUCUCACCAACAAGAGCAUCUGGCAAUUCAUCACCGGACGCAUUUUCGGAAGCAAAGGCACAGUUCCGGUCCAGAAUUUCCAGAAACAUGGCGAAGACUUUGUGGUUCGAGACAACCUCAAAGAUUUGGUCGAAGGCAUGAAUGCGCUAGCUCAGAAGUCUGACGGCCCUGUGCUCGACUAUGAGCAGAUAAAGGAGGUUGUCGACGCGCGCGACAGCCAGAUGGACAAUAGCUACUCUAAGGAUGCGCAAGCCAUGCUCAUCCACAAUGCGCGAAACUACUGGCCAGAUGCUCGAGGUCGUGUUGCACCACCUCAUCGCAUCCUCGAUCCAAAGCAUGGACCCUUGAUCGCGGUGCGCAUGAACAUCCUGACUCGCAAAUCCUUGGGUGGCUUGGAGACAAACCUGAAGAGCAAUGUCAUGAAGUCGACAGGCGAACCAUUUCCGGGACUUUUUGCCGCCGGUGAAGCUGCGGGCUUUGGCGGCGGUGGCGUUCAUGGCUACAGCUCUCUUGAAGGCACGUUUUUGGGCGGCUGCAUCUUCUCCGGCCGGGCAGCUGGGCGCGCAAUUGCUGAGGAACUCCUGGGAGGAGAGAUAUCCAAGCCUUGA